CUUAGGGCUGACUGCCUGUCUGUCUGUCCCUCCCUCACUCCAAUUGGAUAAGGCCACACCGGUCCGGUGGCCAAUCGAUGGCUUUUGUGGCGAGGUAUAAGUAAGACUCUCGAGGUGGCCAGCGGCUCAUUCAGACUUUCUGUGACAUACUGAAGCUACCAAUAUGAGCGGAAGAGGCAAAACCGGAGGCAAGGCCAGGGCGAAGGCAAAGACACGUUCAUCCCGUGCCGGGCUCCAGUUCCCCGUGGGCCGUGUGCACAGGCUGCUGCGUAAAGGCAACUACGCCGAGCGUGUGGGCGCUGGCGCACCAGUGUACCUGGCCGCAGUGCUCGAGUACCUGACUGCUGAGAUCCUGGAGUUGGCCGGAAACGCUGCCCGUGACAACAAGAAGACUCGUAUCAUCCCCCGUCACCUGCAGCUGGCAGUCCGUAACGACGAGGAGCUGAACAAACUGCUUGGCGGCGUGACCAUCGCGCAGGGUGGUGUUCUGCCCAACAUCCAGGCAGUGCUGCUCCCCAAGAAGACUGAGAAGGCCGUCAAAGCCAAGUAAAAUCGCUGGUGCGGCUGCAACUUGACUACUCAACCCCCAAAGGCUCUUUUAAGAGCCA